AUGACAUUUUUUAUAAUGUAGUUUCUAUGUUCCUUGGAAAACAAAUUAUACCAACAAUUCAUAUGAAGAUCAAUAGAUAUUGCUAUGUGUGUUGUUAUUCAUAUUUUAUAUAAAGUAAUGUUAAAACUAUGUGAUAGCCAUGAGAUACAAUAAACAAGUGUUAGCUUCAAUAGCUUCACAAACCACUCAAAACUUUGAACGUGAAGGUGUGAUAGUAAUGAAAGAAAAACAAGACGGAUUCUUUCGAAGAUCAGAAGCAUAUUCAGUUCGAUGGUUUCGCCUAAGGGGGAAUCUCCUUUUUUAUUUGAAAGGCUCUGAGCCUUGGUAUGAACCCAUUGGAGUAAUAGUGUUAGGUAGACAUGUAAUAAAAGUACAAGCUUGCGAUGAAACUGGACAUUGGCCAUUUCAAAUAGUUUGGGAGAAUGGACCAUGCUACAGAUUAGCAACAUUCCAAGAAUCAGAACGCACACUUUGGAUAAAGUCUCUUGAAAUGGCAUCAUAUGAUGCCAUCAAUAGUCAAAUUGUAGAAUUGAGGGAAAAAUUAAAUAGAGUAAGACCUGUUAUUGACGUUUCAAGGUACCGCGCUCAAAAAGGAAUUAUUUUAGAUAUGAAUGAAGUUCCAUUAUGUGAGUUAGCAUUAUCAUGCGAUAAUUUACUAUGUGAUGCAUAUGGUAGACCACCGACACCAGUAAUUGUGGUAUACCUAGGCUUUUCAAAAGAUUUGUGUGUUAAAUAUGGCUCUACAGAGAUUGUUGACUCUUGCAGUAAUCCUUGUUUUUCAAAAACUGUGCUGUUUCGGGCUAGUGAUGGUAUAAAUGGUAAAGCUAUUGUUCGUCUCGUAGUAUAUGAUGUAAAGGAAAAAGUUUCUGAAGUUACUGUGCCGAUGGGAUAUACAAGUCUGCAGUUAAGUACCAUACAGGAAUCGCAAAGACUUCGUGUAGCUUUAAAAACUCGUGAUAAUAAGACAGUUGGUUUUGUCACUAUUAAUGGAUGGAGUCUUGAGGCCUCAUGCACAGGCAAUAGUCCAUGUCAUACAAAUGAUCGUAACUGCUUGGAUAUACCACAAAAAAUUCAAUGCCAUAGAAGAUCCCAGUCUUUGCCUCCUAGAUUGGGACUUAAACUGAAAUUUCCAGCAUACGGAAGUAUGAUUAAGCAAAAUUUUGUUAACAGUCAUCAAGUAACUUAUAAGUUUCAUUCUGGUUUGGGCGGCGAUAUUAAUGUUCAUGAAAUAAUGGCUGAACCAAAAUUGUGCUACCAAUUGCCAAUACAAUUGUUGGACAUAUUUAUUCAAAGAGAAAAGGAGCUUCUAGGUGAACUGCUGUCCAUAGGUGAUAUGUGUGGAAACUGGCAAAAUAAACAGUUGGACCUGUCGAGUAUAAAUGUAUCACUCUUAAAACACUAUUGUCAUUCAAAAAGAUGUUUGCAGCAAGCGGAACAUGCUUAUUUUAAAGCGAGUUGUAAAAAGGACGAUUCCAGUUUGGAAUUUGCGCCCGUGAAUCUCCACCUUCAAAGAAUGUGGGUGCAUAAUGAUACAUUAAACAAAACUGGAUAUCACGAUAUAAUAACUGCAGGAGCGUUUGCUGCUCACUCACAUAAGUCAGAAAGAACCGGGGGACUAAUUAGAUUAGUUCAACAAGUGAAAGAUAUAAAUAGUACGAAGGCGGCCCUACAUUCGGCAGCGUCUAAUAGAAUUCAAUCGGAAUAUGACAGUGUGAUGACUUUAAGAAAUUUCAGAGAUGAAAUUGUAACGGAUAUGGAUCGUAUUAUUGUUCUAAUACAGGCUAAGCAGUAUAUAGAAGCACGGCAUAUUACAGAAGUUAUUAAAACAAAAACAAGGAGCAUGCUGACGCUAUGGGAACCGGGAGUGAUUGAAGAAUCGUUGACCAUUAUUGGUUGGCCAAAACAAAAUUGCACUUCUGAAAAUCCGACAAUUACUACUAUAUUACAAUUGACAGAACAACUUAGUAUGUUUGGCACCAAUUCCGACUGUGACACAUUUGAUGCAUCGUCAAGCUCCAGUUCAAAAGAGACAACGCCCACCGUCGAAACACCCUCUUUGUCUUCGAGUGUACCAAACGUGUGCCAAAACCGUAUAAUAUCAAAGGAAUCCAUAAAGAACAUUCUCGAUGCGUCGGAUUUAAAAUUCGACAGUGAUUACUUCAACAGCGAAGAACGUAAAAAUCUCAAUCACUCGUUUAGGUCUGUUCGGUCACCGGUCAUGACGAGAAUGAACGAUUUAAACUCAUUUGAUUCUAAUAGACCGAGACAUGGGAGUUUGAGGCACGAUUUUAAGAACAUGUCCCUAGAGCAAAUUUCUUAUAGAUCGUUGGUGGAAAACUUGAGCGGAAGUGAUAAACGAAAGACUGCAAUGAGGGAGACUUCUCUUCCUGGCAUCGGUCCAAUCGAUUCAGCAACACGUGAAAAUAAUUUGGCUUAUUUAAAUAGCUUUGGUGUUGACUUUGAAGCCUGUCUGGCGACCGUGGUUGAAGCUGUCAUCAAGAUUAUUGACACCAAUAAAGAGCCUCAAGAAGAAGAAUUAGAUACACUAAGAUCACUUGCCGAGGAUUUUAAAGUCAAGGCGGAAUCUUUAACGCACUGGGCUCGAAUAUCACACGCGGCUUUACGCCUACGUUGCGAAUCACCUAUUUGGGCAAGAAACAAUGCUGCUCUUCAAACUAGAAGGGACACAUGCUUCUCACAAGCGUUGACUACGGUGACUGCCGGUCUACUAUGUUGGUUCAAUUCAGUCUCACAUGAAACAGUUGUGAAGCUGUUGACGUCAGAACUUGGGCCUUUGUGUGGCUUUGAAGGAUUAUUAAGUUUAUAUUCUACGGAAAAGGCGAUGUGGGGUGAUAUGGUUGUGGCUGUGGAGGAUUUGCAGACCGUGCUUUUUAAAUUGAACAAAGUUGGACACAGUAUGACAGCAAUGCCUCAAGUUUCUGGUUCACGAGGAAAUUUAACAGUCACUAUCCCUAUAUCAGAUGCGCUUUAUUCGAAGUUUACUAAAAAAGAGCAUUUGAACUUUACAAUAACUGCGGUGUUCUUCAAUAUUGGCAUUAACGAAAAAGCAACAUUAGCGGAAGCGUUAGGCGAGACUACGCCCCAGUAUCAAUCGAAUAAUGAUAAUUUGGAUCGACUUAAUAAAUACUAUUAUAAAUAUACGAAAAUAUUUCCAGUGGACUAUUUGGGAGCUAAUCGAACGUCAUCAAGAAUUAAGCCCCUAGAAGAGGUAAUGGAGAAUUUAAAAAAAGAAGUACACAAGAAAGUGCCAAAAAAUGUCGAAGUACUUCACUUAGCCGCAUUAGCUACUAGGCAUAUGAAUGGUAUAAGAUUCACGUCGUGUAAAAGCGCUAAGGACAGGACUGGAAUGUCCGUAACGUAUGAGCAAUGUUCAAUACUGUCAACCGAAUAUCAUUUGGCUGAACAUGAAAUGAAGAAAGCUUUAAAUAUUAUGAGAAGCGAGGGAUGUCGCAGAGAGAAUACAUACAAAAAUAUUGGUGUGAAGAAAUAUGCCUUUACGAAGAAACAAGUUAUGGCAUUACCAGAAGAAUAUAGGCCGCCUACUGGGACCUAUGGAUCGACUCAGACUUAAUUUGUUGCACAGUUAAGUUAAUAAUAUUUAAUAUUAAACAUUGUUAUUGUGUCAAUCAAAAGCGUAUUAAAGGACUAGAUAUAGUUUAGAAAAUAUUCAUUUGUAAUAUCAUUGUUGCAUUAGGAAUUUAAUUUUACAAUCUUCUUUAUAUUACAUUUAAAAUCACAGUUAUAUUUAGAUGACGAGUUGUAUAAAAUUUAACACCUUGAAGUACUAAUGGAUAUAGCAAAUUUUUUGUAUUAAAAAAAUGAUUUUAUUUUUCAAUACGCACUCUCAAUCAGGAAUCGAAUAACAACAUAAUUGUCUAUCGCUUAGAUCUUUGGUCUGUGGUUCAAUCUCUAGUUCUACCACAGACACGUGACACUUGAUGGUGAAAAAACGCAGCAUUUUAUUGAUUUUUGACAGACGGACUUAAUAACAUAACGUAUAAUCUGUGUCGACGAAUUAAUUAAUUAAUUAGAGAAGGACGCCAUCGUUUCACACAUGGAAGCUAUGAAAUGUAAACUUAAAUUAAACGUUUUUUAUUAAUCAGCUGAUUUAAAUGUAUAUUUUUACUGAUUAUAGUAUGCCGAUUAAUUGAUUACAUUUGACACCCCAUCAAAGUUCAGUAAUAUAAUAUAUUAUCUAUUUAUUCGAAGUUGGAACUGCGUAUUUACUAACUUUUUUCAAUUGCGAUUACAUAUUGUAAUAUGAUAAAAGAAGAUUUUUUAUAAUCAUUGUUUUGAUUAUUUCCGAUUUUCUUUGUAAUUUUUGCUAUCUUCAAUAUUACUUCUAGAAGGGAUUUUGUCUCUUUUGGCGACUACUUUGGUUGAGCACUACAAUGACCGGGCAUUCAAUAAGCUAAGCAAUAUUAUACGUAAAUUUCAUUUAUCAUUAAAUGUGUUCAACCAUAUGGUAACUUAAAGAGUGAAUAGCCCAGGUGAUGUUAAAGUUUCAACUGGAACGUAGUUUAAUAUUAUGCUGCACUAAUUAGCGAUUAUUAUUGAACUGUUAAGGUGAUUUUGAGUACAUAAGCCGUUAAAUACUUUCGAAAUAAAUGGACCGCCUGGCUUCUCAAAAUUUCCCUUAUUUUAUGUAUCCCAAGCGAAAUAUAUGAUAUUUAAUUACCAAUUAGAAAAUUGUGCCAAAAAUUCUGGGGCUAGUUUGCAAUAGUUAUUUAAAAAUAUAUUUUUGACCAGUUUUACAACGUUAUUACCCUUUACUAGUAGUACUUAAUUCUAUUGUUAUCGGCAUGUGACUUAACACAGUAGCGGAAUAUAUCCUAAAAGAGACGUCUGCGCAUCUAACUGAUCUGUAUCGCGUUGCAAUGGCCAGUGUAUAGUCUUCCUCUUUUAGUGCCUCUCCAUUACUCGAAGUCUCUUCAAGCGUAUAUUGUCCUAUGCCAGAUGCAGCAACCGCAGUUGUAAUACCCGUCCGCUCCCUAAUGUUGCGAAGCCAUGAUUUCUUCCUUCUACUAACACGCGGUUUACCCUGGAUUUUGACCCAUUAUAUUUAAUUGAAGGAGGUCUUGGCACAACACGUGGCCAAGGUACGAAACUCCGUUGUGUAAUGUGAUGCAUAAGUUUUUUCGACAUUACAACUCGUCAGAACCUUCUCGUUCAAGAACUUCUGGAUCCAGCAUAUACAAAGCAUCUCCAUAUCUCAAAUGCUUCUAAGCGCCGGCGGGUACCUUCUUUAAUUGUCCAAGCUUUCAGCCGUACAGAACAUUUUUG